AUGACUGGUGAAAGUGUCGUUGAUGAAGAAUAUAUUUAUUUAUUUACAGACAUAUGCGGGGACUCUCCAUUCUGGACCUCUGAUGUCCUGAGCUCUGCUGCCCCAAAGUUCACGACGUGUUUCCAGACCACAAUCCUACAAUGGCUGCCGUUCGUCUGGCUGUGUGUGACACUUCCGGUGUAUGUCGUGGUCAUCUUUCGACGUCCACCGGAAGUUCGCUUACCUCUGACUUCUUUCAGCAUUACAAAAUCAGUUAUCGUGGGAAUAUUCAUUCAGUUAGUGAGGAGAUGGGGCGUCAUCAGUUCGGCAGUUAUCUACGCCUACUGGGUGAUAUUGCUCGUGUGUAAUAUCAUACCGCUCCAAUCUACACUGUCAUAUGACAUUUCUUGCUCCAGCAGCAACGCUGUGUAUCAAAUUUUCUACUUCGUUUUGAUAUUGGUCCUGACUAUCCUCCACAGCUUCGCAGACAAGCGGUCCCUCCGAGAGUCUGAAAAUGAGUAUCGGUGCCCGGAUGUUGACGUGUCGACCCUGGCAAAUCUCGUAUACGCCUGGAUGACGCCAACUGUUGUCAUGGCUUACAAGAAGAAGAUAGCUACAUAUGACCUUUGGGCACAAACGGAACGCUUGAAAUGUAACAAUGCUGUGAGUGAACUCCAUUUAACGUGGAACAAAGAGCUGAAUAAGCUGACACAGUAUAACAAAGAACAGAAAACGCAACAAAGUCGACUGAAUAAGAGUUCCCACAAUGGUCAAGUGACGUCAGAAGAUACACCAUUACUGACGUCAGGGUCAUCAGGAAAAAGGCAACAUCUACAGUAUGAUGAGAAAAUUCAGCCACCGCAGCCAUCCCUAUUCAAGACAAUAUUCAAAACCUACGGCCUUUUGUGGCUCCAGUGUAACACCCUUAAAGCCCUUUCCGACCUCUGUCUUCUGUCACAGCCAGUCAUUCUCAAGUAUAUUGUGAUAUACGUCGGUAACAAAGGCGAGCCGGGUUACCCUACAUGGAACGGUGUGAUGCUGGCAUUCUUGUUCUACGCCGCCUCGCAAUGUAACACGUUUAUGUAUAACGUCAGUACGCAUCUGGCGCUUACCCUCGCUCUCAGAAUCAAAAGUGCUCUGAUUGGAACUAUUUAUAGAAAGGCAUUAAGAAUGGAUAAUAGUGUGAAAAAGGAUUACACUGUGGGACAGAUCGUGAACCUGAUGUCUGUUGAUUGUCAGCGGAUACAGGAUUCAUUUAUAUUCUAUAAUUUCAUACUGCCAUUUUUUUCAUCUAUGGCUAUCAGCAUAUACGAGAUAUCGGACGCCGUCGGCGAAAGUAUAAUUCCUUGCCUGGUUGUCUUGGCACUGUUCAUAUCGUCGAAUAUAAUUCUCGGACGAUUUCAGCAGCGAUAUCAACUUAAUAUACUUCAAAAUAAAAGCUCGAGGAUGAAACUGUUUAACGAGGUUUUAGGAGGAAUCAAGGUCUUGAAGAUGUUUGCCUGGGAGAGUAUAUUUAGUAAAAAGUUGAUAAAUAUACGUGACAAAGAAAUCAAAUUCCUCAAAAAGUUUGCUGCCGUUUCUGCCUACACGGUUACUCUCUCGGUACAGAGCCCCAUCCUGCUGUCGGCUGUGGUGUUUCUUAGCUUUGUGAUUGCCAAUCCGUCCAAGCAUCUAGACGCUGCUGAUGCCUUUCAGGUGCUAUCUGUAGUCAACUUCCUGCGCUACACAAUAUCAUUCGUACCCUACAUCAUAACGGCAAUUAUACAGAGUCGAGUGUCCAUAGGAAGAAUACAGCGGUUUUUGUGGAGUGAGGACAUCAGUACGGAUAAUGUUCACCGUGUCACUGACGCUGAUGAUGCUGUUUCUGUUAAGAAUGGUUCAUUUACCUGGGACAUCGAAUCCACUGUACCAACUCUCCGCAAUAUUGACUUGAAUAUUGGUGAGGGCGAAUUGGUAGCUGUGGUAGGACUAGUAGGGUCUGGUAAAUCUUCGCUUCUAUCUGCACUCCUUGGCGAGAUGUCAAGGAUACACGGCCGCGUUGCACUUAAGGGUACGACGGCGUAUGUACCUCAGGAAGCAUGGAUACAGAACAUGACCUUGAAGGACAACGUCUUGUACGGUAGUCAAUACCGGAACAGGCGUUACCGUAAAGUCAUCAAGGCGUGUCAACUACUUCCGGACCUUGCCAUACUCUCCGCCGGGGACCAGACUGAAAUAGGGCAGAGGGGCAUAAACCUGAGUGGUGGUCAGAAACAGAGGGUUAGUUUAGCUAGAGCAGUGUAUAGCAACUCAAGCAUAUACUUACUGGACGACCCGCUCAGCGCAGUGGACAGUCACGUGGGCAAAGCCAUCUUUGACAAAGUGAUUGGCAAUGACGGGUUACUUAAAGGAAAGACACGGAUCCUUGUGACACAUGGAGUUCAUUGGCUACCAAAUGUUGACAAAAUCAUUGUCAUGGACGAUGGUCGUAUUACAGAGGUUGGUAGUUAUGAACAGCUGCUGGAGAACAAUGGCGCUUUUUCUAAGUUUCUAAAUACAUUCUUAUUGAGGGAAGAUUCGGACGACGACGAAUCGGAUGAAGAAGUGCGGCUAAUUAAAGAACGCAUAAGAGAGCGGAUGGACCAGGUGACGUCAGACGGUCUGACGUCAGACGAUAACAUGGUAAUGGACGGCUUAACAAAAGUCCACAAGAAAUCCCUGAGGAAGCGGACUGUCAGUACCACAUCAGCUACAACUGUCGAGUCGCUUAUGUCCCUGUCAAAAUCGUUCCUAAAGUGUGACGAGGAGCAAAGAUUUACAUCCGGGCGUCUAAUUACAGAGGAAACAACCAAAGAAGGAACUGAUUUUACCGACAAAAACACUUACUACAUCACAACCUUCUUCAUCAUCGGUCUGUCACAAGGAAUUGCCACGUUCUUGUUCACGAUCCUGUAUCUCUUCCGGAUGGUUCGAGCGAGCCAGUACUUCCACUCCACAAUGCUCAAAUGCAUUUUACGUUCACCGAUGUCUUUCUUCGAUACGACACCCAUUGGUAGAAUACUGAACAGGUUCUCCAGUGACCUUGACAUCAUUGAUGACCGACUCCCAAGGACAUUUAGACUAUUACUUUAUUACUUAUCUAACUUACUUGUAACGUUUAUCGUUAUUGGUAUACAGACACCAGAAUUCCUGAUUGCUAUCAUCCCGGCAGGAACCCUAUUUAUCGUCCUAUUGAAAUUCUAUUUGCCGACUGCUAGGCAGCUGAAAAGGAUAGAGUCAGUUACACGUUCACCAGUGUACAACCAUUUCGGUGAGACGAUCACGGGGGCCAGUGUGAUCAGAGCCUACGGGUCUGUUGACAGGUUUAUACAGGAAUCAGAGAGAAGGCUUGACACCAAUCUCGCCUUCUACCACGCUGCAAACAGCGCUUCUCGGUGGGUUGGGAUUACUUCUGAAUCUCUCAGUAAUGCCCUGGUGCUGGUCGCCGCUUUAUUUACAGUUUUAUCUCCGACUGUGUCGGGCAGUGACGCUGGUCUCUCCUUGACCUACGCAUCGCAGAUAGUGACUGGUAUUGCGGUCUGUGUUUACAGUGUUAGUGAAAUGGAGAUGAAUAUUGUAUCGGCUGAGCGAGUGGAAGAGUACACUGAACUUUUUGCUGAGGCGGAGUGGGAGAGCCCCGCCCAUCGCCCUCACAAGACUUGGCCCGAAGAUGGUGCCAUACGGUUUAAAGAUUAUUCAACAAGGUACCGUCCAGGCCUGGAGCUUGUCCUUAACGGAGUUAGCUGUGUAAUGCACGGUGGAGAGAAGGUGGGUAUCGUUGGACGAACAGGAGCCGGGAAAUCAUCCCUCGUUCUGGCAUUGUUCAGGCUUACUGAAGCAGCCUCCGGAAGUAUCACCAUAGACCAGAGGAGGAUAGCCGACCUCGGUCUGCACGAUUUACGACCCAGAAUUACCAUACUGCCACAGGAUCCAGUAAUAUUUGCCGACUCCAUCAGAUCAAACCUGGAUCCCUCAGAUAAUUUUUCUGAUGAAGAGAUUUGGCGAGCGUUGGAGAGUGCUCAUCUGAAACAAUUUGUUUCCGAGCAACGCGACACAAUCUAUUAUCAAUGUGGCGAAGGUGGUGUGAACUUAAGUGUGGGACAGAGACAAUUGGUAUGUCUUGGUCGAGCUUUACUUCACAAGAACAAAAUCCUGAUCCUUGACGAAGCCACCGCAGCCGUCGAUAUGGAGACGGACGAGCUAAUACAACAGACAAUUAAAACAGAAUUUGAGGAAUGUACUGUUCUUACUAUAGCUCACAGACUGAAUACUAUCAUGGACUACGACAGAGUUAUGGUACUAGACAGAGGCCUGGUCGUUGAGUUUGAUCGCCCACAGGUCUUGUUGGAGGACCGAAGAUCAGUGUUCUAUGGUAUGGCAGACGAUGCUGGCCUUGUGGACUGGUUUGAAUCAGACAAAAACCAUGAUAGAAUUAUGACGAAAAAUGGAAAAACGGCUAAUAUUUAG